AUGCCCACCGAAUCAACCCCACCAGUCCCACCCCAACAACCUCCAUCUUCUCAAGGUAACAUCAUCAAAUGUACAAUCUGCGGUACUGGUUCACUAGCUUCUCCUUCUCGCAAUCCUACCAACGAUGUAGUCGUCUUAUCCGACCCUAUCGAACGGAUAUGUGGUGGAUGUACUCGAGCGACACAACUCCGUGUCGACUCGCAACGACAAGAUUAUGUGGAGGUUGAUCAUCGUACCUCCGUCAAUGUGGAUUUAGAACAGCACAUCUCAACCCUCAGAGUGGACGAUGCUGGGGGUAGAGAGGCGAGUUUGGAGGAGAAUCAUCAGGACUUUCUGCCCUCUUCACAAGAUUCAAACACGAGAAUCGUCAAUAAUGUCAUUCUUCCACUCAAUCCAUCACAUCAAUCAUUACAACCUCAAUCACUCCCCACUCAACCGAUACAAGCAUGGGUGACUUCAAACCAUCCACAGACUCCACAUCAUGUCGCCUCCCCACAAACAUCCAUCUCUCCUCACAAUUCUUUCCCUGUCAAUGCCGCCUCAAGUGUUGCGUCUGGACCCACGUCCGCGCCCACACACGACACCAUCAUUCCGUCCAAACAUAUCAAUCACCCUCCCAACCCGACCCAACUCCCUCGUCUUCUCAGUGAAGACAACUUGGGACACAGCUCUCAAAACAAACUACCCGACCCUCUUCUCGAUAUCACAUCCACACGUAUCCCUUCUAUAGGCAGAGGCGCCCUUCAUCCCGGCUCCAUCUUCCGUGGCACCCAAACUUCCGGAAGAUCGGCGUAUGACGUCGAAGUAAAGCUUCUAGAUGUAAACUUUACCGAAUCGACAUUAUCAGGUUUUCUUUCCAUUUCUCAUCUGACCGACGCUCAUCCUCAACUCACCACAUUUUUCACGGCUGAAAUCAUCGGACCACAAUUCGGUUUCAUUACCGGUACGAGAUACGGUGCUACGGAACAUGAUGAUAUGAGACAUUGGGGUAGGUUUGAGCAAUUUAGAAGACCAGCUACGAAGGCGGAUAUAGUGAGAUCGGAGAUGUUAUUCAGGGAUCCGAUACCGGAUAGAAGUAGGGGGGAGAGUACAGCUAAAGAAAGGGAUUUUGUUUUUUUAAGGAUUAAGGAAAGGUUUUUAGUACCGGAUCAUACUGUCAAAGAUAUCUCUGGUGCAAGUUUUGCUGGCUUUUACUUCGCAAUGGUUGAUCUUUCUCCCACGUUAGGCCAAGAAACUCAACUCUGUCCCCCUUCCCCCAUCCCUGCUUCCGCCAGCGUUGUGGUCCCCGGUAAUCGACCGCCAGUCUCACCUCUAUCACCCACAAGUCCAAUGGCUCGCCGAGCUUCAGCGGGGAAUUUAGAUAGUAGGUCAUCGAGUGUUGGGGAUGUACCACGAAGACGAAGAGAGAGCUCUGGGAAAAUAGCUGCUAUGACGCCUAGGGGAGAGGCUACCUUACGGGGGUACUACUUUCAUUCCCUCAAUCAAGAACCUUUCCAAGAGUUGUAUUUGACUCAUGUACCAAAUCGAAGUCGUAGUGCUGUGGAAUUACGCUGA